GAGAGAGAGAGAGAGAACGAGCAGGACUCAGGAGGGACUAGAGAUUCACCCACUGUGGAGGGCAGAUCCGAGGACCUCAGAUUUCCAAGAAAGAAGCCACAGGCUCCAUCGCUUUUGUGGAUGUGACACGGCGACAGUCCCAGAGCAUGACUGUCCCUGGGGCCACAUGGAAUGAGGAAUGAGAAGGUGGACACAGACCACACCGUUCUCAGGCAGCCUUUCAUCUAGGUUGUAGUUUGCAAGGCCCUGUCGAGGGAAAAUGCUAGAAGGUGGAGUGUAGCAGGGAGCAUCCAUGGGGAACAAGCCUCCCUCUGACACCAGGGCCGCGAUCUCACCAUUGUGGAGGAGGGAGCCCUUCCUGACCUCAGGAGCCUGGCCUAAGAGACGGAGUGGGGCAGCAGGGAGGACAGGCAGGAGCUGGCGAGAGUCGGUCCCAGAGGGAGCCCCUGGGAAGGGAAGUGGCUUGGGGGUGUUGCUGCUACUGUUAUUCUAGGGCAGGUGGGGUAGGUGGGCGAGCGUCUCCCAAAGAAACCCCUGCUCACACGACCGUUCUCUCCUAAACGUCUGGAAGGAGACAUGUGAAAUUAGGAGGGGUGAAGGGAAACAGAAGGUGCGAAGGAGAGGACAAGCGCCCUAGGAGAACCAGCAGGGACGGGCUGAUCCCAAGGACCGGCUGCGAGAGCAACCCCGGGAUUUCUAGGAAGAAGAACCUUUGGAGAAAGCCAAGUGACUGAGAUUGAGGCCACUGAGGAGCUCCGCUGAGAUGGGAGCCCAGCAGAGGGGCUGGAGGUUCUCAGAAGGGCAAACCAAGGAUGGAGAAGGAGGUUGCAGUGGGCACGGAAGAUGUGCCCCCGCCAGAUGGGGCAGAAUGUCCAAACCAAAUCAAAGAGUUGGGGGGGAGGGGCUCUAAGCAAACGCACACCAGGACAGCUGAGAAGUGACCAUUCUCUGUUGAAAUCUAGACCCAAAGCACCUGCCACACCAGCCCCCACGACUUACCACUAUUUGGUAUCCAAAUGUGAAUGAACUGAUGUCUUUGCUUGAAGACAGACAACUGUGCAUCCUGGGUAACGAAGGGAGUGUGGAACCAGGCAGCGAGUGUAAAGGAACACCCGUCUGCUUCUGCUGGACUCCAGGCAGCAUCAAGAGCCCCUGCUUUGCUAACUUAGUAGAUAGAAGUCGAGGAGUUGCAUGCUGGUCUCGGAAGAUUUUCUGUGGCACCAAGUGUCUGUCUUCUCCCUGUUGCAAGAGCGUCCAGGAGUGUGGUCCCCAUGUCCUCCUGUCCCCAUCCUUCUGUCUGCUCAGUUCUCCUACUCAGACAACAGGACAGGAAUGCUGUUGGCUUUGAAGUCAGACCCGUCUGGGUCCACUCCCAGCCUGGCCCUUUUCCCACGGCAGACACAGGCAAAGUACUUGCUGCUCUGAGUCAUAACUUCUUCUCAGAAGAUGGGGAUGGGGGUGAUGGUCCCCAUGCAAUGCUUUGCCUCUUGUCUCUGUGAGGCAUAACUAGGCAGACCCAUAGGACUCCCGGAUCCUGGCAGGACAUGUGACAGGCAGCAUCCAUGGCUCCCUCAGUGGGACUCGUCCACAAAGGAGACCAUCCAGUCCCUGGGGGACCAGGACCCAUUCUCUGAGACAGCGCAGGUGCAAGGGAGUGAGACACACAAGCAGGGUAUUCUGCGCAAUCUGAAGGCCCUGCAGGCAUCUGGAAAUCUCCAGAAAGUCAGUGCUGCAAAUCCACUCACUGUUACGAAGCCGUGACCCAUGACCUUUGUCCGGGAUGGAGCCCACAGCUACAGGACGGACGGAGAAGAGUUUCAGCUAUGUGGUCAGGGCACCCAGCAGUGAUGGGUUUGACGUAAUGAAUGUGGAUGUGAAGAUCGACACGUGCUGGGUAUUUCAGGACGCGGAGGACAGCGAUGAAGAGCAGGACUGUCCUGUGGAUGAAGUUGCUGGAAGCCCCGACGUGGACACAGGCACAUUCAGGAAGCAGCUGGAAUCCUCUGAGCAGAAGCUGUUGGCCACUGUGGACCAGUACAUAAUGUCUGAGUCUGAGCUAAGGAGCAGGAUCCAGGAGCUGGAGCUCUCUGAAAGACACCUUCUCCGGACAGUGGACCAGCUGGGUGCCCGUGUGACACAGGAAAGGAGCGCCACUGUGAGAGCCCAGGAGACGCUGCAAGCCCUGCGGCAGGAGCUGGCCAGCCAGGUAAGGGAGGAGCGUGCAGCUCGGCGGCAGCGGUGGCGGCUCCAGCGGCUGCGAGAGCGGCUGCGGCGCAAGGACGAGGCGCUGGGGCGGCAGGCGGCGGCCCUGGAGCGCUGCCGGCAGACCCAGCGGCUCCAGCUGGGCCUGGUGCGCGAGCAGGAGCGCGGCCUGCGGGAGCAGGUGCAGCGGCUGGAGCGGGACGUGCGGCACCUGUGUCGCGCGGCUGGCCUCUUGCUGGCUGAGCUGGAUGUCCUGGCCCCAGGCAGCCCCGGCAUACUCGGCCCGGCCUGCCCCCGGGGUGACCCCGGAGAGGCCGCGGAGCUGCGCGCUCUGCAGGCGCGGGCGGAGCGCGGGGAGCGCGAGCGGGAAGAGGCGGCGCGCCGGCUUCGGGAGCAGCGCGCCACGGAGCGCCGGCUGCGCGUGCAGCUGGAGGAUCUGCGCUGUUACAUCUAUGAGCUCAAGCUGUCGGAGAUCGGCCUGCAGGGCCAGGUGGAGGACCUCGCGCAGCAAAACCAGAGCCUGCGAGAGGCCCUGGGGGCCCAGGCCCAAGGGGAGAGCGCACGCAGCAACGUCGCUGCUGGCCACUGCAGCCCGGACACUCUGAGCCGGAUUCAGGAUGAACCCCCAUCCCUGCCCAGGGAGGACACACAGGAUGUCGGGAGAAGACAAGGGCCGCAAGCCACUCUCUGCUCUGCCGGUGGCCCUGGACUGGGAGGUUCCGCAGGCCAGUCCUCUGAGGGCUGCUGCUCCUGGGGUUGUGUCGGGGCUGGACCAGACCCCUCUGUUUUGGAGACAACGCCUGAGACCCUGGGAGACGUCACAGGAUCUGACGGUGGACCGCCAACUCCAGCUGAGCCCAGCUUGGAUGAACAGACUCUCCUUCUCAUCUGUGGCUGCCCCCCCAGGCAGUGCAGGGACAGCUCACUCUUCCCUGUAGAGCUGGCCUGGAUUUCAGAGCAAAGACUAGCAGCCACCCAGGCCCAGGGGUCCUUUCUCCUGGUGAAGACCUCCCCACUCUCUCCCUGGGGACCAGCCAGGGACCCCUGUUCCCUGCUGCCACCACUGCUACUCCAGGAGGCUUCUCCACAAGACUCCCAAAUGCAACAGGUGCUGGAUGCCUGGUCAUUGCCUGCUCCCAGGGCCAUUGGACAGCCCUGUUGGAAUCAUCACUGGGCAAAGAGCCCUGAAGCCUCCCUUUGCCAGGAGUGCCCACAGACUUCAAGUCAUCGAUUUCCCAGGAGAGGGCCCAGAGAUCUGGAAGACACUUGGAAGGAGGGAGGAGGACCAAAGUGGAGAACAGAGGAGGAGGGGGAGAGGAGGGCUUGGGACAGGAGGGGGAGGGAGGGAGGACCUUUAUCAGACGUAGAGGAAGAGCACCCCACAGCCAGGGUCCAAGGCGCCCCGAAGCCAUCUCCAGCAGGUGCUCAGGUCUUUGCAGGGCAGGGCGAGGAGGCAACUCUUGUGUGGUCUGGAAAGGCUCUGUGUCUGCGAGAGGAAAGCCCUGGAUACGAAGGGCAAGAAGAGAAGGAGGAGGAGGCAGCGCCUCUAGAAGGGUCCAGUCUGGGCUACGAGGACAUCCCAGAGAAACCUGGCCCCAUGGAAUGUGCAGGCCAGGGUACCCUCUUCUCAGUGGCAGAAGAAGGACUGUCUCCCAGAUUGGGAGACCCAAUCUUUCCACCCAAGGGGACUGAAUGCACUCGUAACUCAUGGGCUUCAAGCGAAGGACCUGGCAGUUCUGAGCUCAGACUAGACAAAUUUGAAAAAGAGAUGGAGGCUUGUUUCCAGCAACUUUCCAUCCUGGAGCUUGGAGGAGAGCAGCGGUGGCCACAAGCCUCCAUGCUGGCGGGAGAGAGCACGAACUUUGCUUGGAAAUGGCCCAGCUGCCAGGGAAAGCCUUCCUCCCAGCAGGCUUUGGGAAACCAGGACUUGGAUGUUUGUUUGGCCAGGGAAGUCAAACCCGGGGAAGCUAGUGAAGAGGUUAGACCAGAAGAGACUGAGGCCUUGGGAACCAGCGCGGUUCUUCCUGAGAUGGUGCCUGAUUUGGAUGACGUGAGGCUGGGCCCAGAAUGGCCCUCUGAGCGAGGUUGGAACUGGCCUCCAAGAGCCCUUGAAAGGCAGAAGAGAAGGUUCCACCAGCUCAUUGCUGGACUGAAAAGAGAGAGAAGCCAGGUUUUACAUGACAAUGCUGAGCUUUGGGGCGACCGAGAGAGAUUUCGAAGAAAAGUGAGUGUUCUGGAAAAAGAGAGGGACAGAAAUGGGACAAAGAUCGCCACACUUGAACGGGAAAAGAGCAUGCUGCUAGGGGACAUCUCGCACUUAAAGGGGGAACUGGACCAAUGUUGGCAGGUCAUUUCUGACCUUGAGGACUGCAAUGGGAAAAGUUACGGCAAAAUUUCUGAGCUUGAAGAGGAGAAUGAGAAGCUGAAGAGGCACACGACCCAGCUGCAGAAAGCCCUGUGGGAGAGCCUCAGAAAAUCCAAAGGUGUGAUGGAGCGCGUCACCCUGGGAAACCAGGAGCUCAAGGCACUGAUCUCAGAGCUCGGGGUUGGUUACAAAGAGCUGAUGAAGAGCAUAGUGCUGGGGAUAGAAGACACGGUGCGGGCCUUCAGCGGGGAGAAUGCUCACCUUCUACACAGAAUCCGUGUCCUGGAGACGGAAGUCGCCUUGGGGGAGAGCACAACUGUGCGGCACGCAGUGAGAACAGAGGAGGGUCUGUGGGGGGAAAGUAAGAUGCGGGGGGACAAGGGGACCACUGUGGAAAAGGGGGUGCAGGUGACUCAGCUCUCAGGGCAACUGACUGCAGGAGUCCAUGGGCCACCCAUGGAGGAGAAAUCGGGUGCAGCUGGCAGGUGUAUGGGGCCUUCCUUAGGCAUGGAGAAUUCCAGAUACAAUGCCAAUUCCACUCCGUCCUUGGUCUGGGGAAGUGCUGAGGUGUCCAGUGUCCCGCAAGGACACAUCCAUGGAGCAGGAGUAAAAGAAGCACAUUCGGAAGAGGAGAAGGAAAGACCAUGGUGUUGUGCGGACCCAGUGCAAGCUCUGACGGCCCUCAACAAUGGCCCCCAGCUGCGGGACCCAGAGGCAGACCCCCCGACAGAGGACCUGAGGGUUCGCGUGGGGCAGCUCCAGCACCGGGUGUUGACCCUACAGUGCCAACUCAGAGACCAGACAUCCGCCCACCGCCAGCUACAGGAGGCACUUGGGGAAGCCGCCCGCCUCCGGGAGCAGCUCCAGGGCCAGCUUGAUGAGCUUCAGAAAAAGCAACAUGAGGCCAAUUUCGCUGUGGCUCCUUUAAAGGCCAAGCUGGCUUCCCUGGUCCAGAAGUGCCGGGAGAGGAACCACCUGAUCACACACCUGCUUCAGGAGCUGCGCAGACACGGGCUGGAGGACCAGCUGCUCUCUGAGAUGGCACAGACCAUGGUGGACGACGUGGCGCUGGCCGAGUAUGCAGCCACCUUCCCGGCUUCGGGGCUCUCUGAGACCAGCCACCAACCGGAUAUUGAGCCCGAGAAGGCAGCUGCUGUAAGAGCUCAGAAAUACCACCUGAAUCCCAAAAUGGACAGUGUCCUCAUCCAAAGACCUCUGCAUUCAGAGUCCUGGCCUGUUCCCAAGGCUGAGUGGCCAGCACAGACGGCUCGACUGCAUUCUCUGAAGCUGCCCCUGCCCUCAGGGUGGAUGCCUGCUCCUGGCGUGUGCCCGGCUGCAGACCCUGCCGAGCCAGCGCUCCCCUCACAGUCCCUGAAAGAAGAAGGUGGACCCUCCUGUCCCGUCCCCCAAGCCGAUGGCCUCCUGCCACCCUCUGAGCUCCUGAGUCCUGCGAGGAUCCUGGCUUUCCACAAAGAGCUUCGGCAAAGCAUUUGCAGCAAUUCCCAGGUCCAUAAAUCACCUCUAGAGUUAUAAAUUUAAUAGAACCACUCAAGCUCUGGGGCCGUUUCAUAGACUCCAUAAAUAUUUGAAGCCGAACCUUCAGACACUGCUUUAAGAAAUUGGUAGCAAUCAAAACCCUCAUUCAGUGGCAAGUGGUUUUGCCUUUGGCUUGGGGGGGGUCUGUUGGUUGUCAGAGCUUGGAGAAAUACUGGACUGUGCUCGCACAUUCUGAGGGCUCUGGCUUGGGCUAAUGUUAAGGCAACAAAGAGAAUAUUUACUAUACCCAAACCUAUUGAAUGAUGGGUCCGAUGGUUCUCCACUGGGCAUGAUUUUCCCCAAAGAGGGAAAAAUUUGGCAAUGUCCAGAGACAUUUUUUUUUAAAGAUUUAUUUAUUUAUUUAUUUGACAGACAGAGAUUACAAAUAGACAGAGAGGCAGUCAGAGAGAGAGGAGGA